AUGGGGUCUAUUUACAUGAAUCUGUUUUCUGGAUGGUGUUUCACAAAUAAUAACCCUUGGAUUGAUAAGGGUAGGAUAAUAAUUGCUUGGAAUCUGAGUGCCUUUACUUUGGAUAUCAAGUUAUGUACAACACAAUUAAUCCACUGUCAAGUACAGGUCCCUAAUCGAACAGGAAGUUUCUUGAUUACUUUUGUAUAUGGGUAUAAUGAUGCAUCAUCUAGGGAGAGCCUUUGGAAUGAUUUACAAAGUUUGGCUGGGAGUAUAUAUGUCCCUUGGCUGGUGGUUGGCGACUUCAAUGAGAUAUUAUUCAUGCAUGACAGAAUAGGCAAAAAAACUUCUAUGAAGUUCUCAAGCAAAUUUUCAGAUUGUCUAUCAGCUUGUCAUCUAGAAGAUUUGAAGUUCUCUGGAUGUUACUAUACUUGGAAUAAUAAGCAGAGAGCAGAUGAGAGGGUUUAUUCCAAAAUCUAUAGAGCAUUAGUGAAUUCAAAUUGGACUGAUCAGUUUCCUAACUCAGAGGCUGUAUUUUUGCUAGAAGGGAUCUUUGAUCAUUGUCCAAUCCUUGUUCAUGUCACGUUGGAAUUGCAGAUAGAAAAGAAGCCAUUUCGCUAUUUUCGUAUGUGGAAAGAAGCACCCUGUUAUGACAAUAAACUUAAGGCAAAUUGGGAAUUAUCAGUGGAUGGCACACCAAUGUUCCAGCUAGUGUCAAAACUAAAAAGGUUAAAGCAGGUGCUCAAGAACAUCAAUAGAGAAGGUUUUUCUGAUAUUCAACAGUUGGAAUUCAAGGCAGGAAUUGUAUUGAAGGAGACUCGGGAGCAGUUACAAAAAGAGCCAUUAAAUGACAGAUUGAUUUCUCAGGAGCAAAUGUGUAGAGAACAGUAUAUGUCUUACCAUAAAGCUUACAUGAGCUUCCUAGCACAAAAAGCUAAAGCCUCUUGGAUGAUUAAUGGUGAUGAAAACACUCACAUCUUUCAUGCUUCACUUAAGGCAAGGAGACUUCAGAACAGAAUUUUAUCCAUCAAGAAUGAGGCAGGGAAUUGGGUAGACUCUCCUACAGCUAUAACAAAUGCUUUUUUAGAGUAUUAUAAAGGCUUGUUAGGGACAGUAAUGGUAUGCAGGAAGAAGGUGUCACGGUCAAUCAUGAAGCUGGGACCAGUCCUAAACACAGGGCUCAUUCAGGCGCUUACAAGGGAGUUCACAGCUUAG